AUGGGCGCUCCUCACCCUUCCAACUUCCUAUCACUAGAUCCUGUUCUUCCAAGUAUCUUCACUUUCCUACAAGACAAUGGCGCUGCCAUCCUAUUCGAUUUUCUCUGUUGCAUUACGCUCUCAGCCGUAGCAGCUAUCGUCCACUUUGCUCCAAACUACAAGUCAGAUAAUCGCAUUGUACCUGUGAACCUCGGGCCUUCUGAUCAAAUUAUGUUUCCCACAGAGCUGCUUUACCCAUACAAGGAGCCGCUGGUUUCUACUUUAGUACGACGCUUUCGAGAUUACCGUGCUGCAACAACUGGUCUGGUGAAGACUGUACUCGCUGCAACGAUUGUAUCUGAGACGGUCAAGCACUUCGUGGGGGGCUUUCGGCCUCACUACAUUGAGGUCUGUCAGCCAGACCUUACACUGCUCACUAGUGUCAACACUACUACCUCGAACGCAACUUGGUGGAUGGGACCGGCAGCAUGUACAGGAGAUAAGGCCAAGGUCCUCAACGCGUUAUGGGGCUUUCCGAGCGGUCACUCUGCCACUUCAUUCGCUUCUUCUGUCUUUAUGGCCCUAUACCUUAAUGGCAAACUGAAGCCAUUCUCUGAUCUUGCACCAGGGGUCUUAGACCUUGCGAUUGUCCUCUCUCCACUCCUGCUUGCGUCGCUGGUAUCUGGUUCGCAAUAUGUAACGCAUCAGCAUCAUGCCCAUGAAGUCCUAGUUGGGAUGCUCAUUGGCACAGUCAGUGGACUGUGUACGUACAGAGCUCGCUAUGCUGCUAUUUUCAACUUCAGGAACAAUCACAUCCCUCUCCCGGCAUUCCCGUGUACGAUCGAUGAUCAACAGAACGAUCAACAUCUAUGUCAGCCGGCGUGUGACGAGAAGCUUCCCACAAGAAGAUGGUGGGCGAGGCUUUCUGAAAAGGGGGGGAAUCUUACGUUGGGAGAUGGCUACCCCGAGGUGCCAAGACAACAAAGACGGUGUUUAGUAUGGUAGUAGCUUCGAGAUGAGAACCCGAAUGGUCUUCAUAUAGGAUCCUAACCCAGCUCGUCAAUGUACGCCAAUGACAGUCAAGAACAUCGCCGGCAUAUAGCCAUGCUACUAAAGAUAGG